GAAUGAUGACCUGAAGAAAGCAACAGGACUCCCAGCAGCAUUAAAGCAAUUUCAUGUUGGUGACUGUGAAUUUAUAUUGCAGUAAAUCUGAUCUUUUCUAAAAAGCACUUGGCUUCUCAGGUGUUGAUGGAGAGGAACAGAUAAUUUAUCUCAUACAUAGGGUGAUUUUACUGAACAAGUGGGACCAGAAAAUGUUCAAGGAAGUUAGUGAUUGGCAGAAGAGAAUCAAGGUUGACCUGAAAGAAGGUGAAGAAAGAAGUAUACUGAUAGAGUGGAAUGAGGUCAAAUGGGCUGCAGACAUCAAUGAGAUCAGAGCAUUUUCAUUUUGGAGAGAGAUAAAUGAGCAAUCUUGAAAGAUAUUAAAGAGAGACACAGAAAGAUACCCAGAUUGAGCUGAAGCAGUCUAAGUUUAAAAAAAGAAAAAAUGCUUAAGAGUAAGCAAAACAAAGAUAUUGUAAACAAGCAAGAGCUAAUCUACACAGAACCAAAAUUUUCGAAGUCUCAACAGCAAAAAACAUCCGAGACAAAUCAGAGUAAUGUCCAGUCAAGAGAACAGCAAGUAGACUACAUGGAACUGAAAUUUCCCAGAUCUUCUCAUCUUCAGCACAGAAAACAGAAAAAAGGAAAAGUGUUAAACCACCGAUCUACAGCCUGGCAAGUGAUAACUGGGAGUCUGGGGACCCUGUGUGUGGUCUUAUUGAUAACAGUGUGUGUCUUGCUUGCAAACUUAUUUUCCAACAAAGACCCAAACCAAAAAAUAUCACCUGUUCCCACUCCAUCUUCUAAAAAUGAUGAAUGUUCCUGUGACCGUUGUUCAACUCACUGGAUUGGAUUUGGAAGUAGUUCUUAUUAUCUUUCCUGUAAAGCCAAAACCUGGGUGGAGAGCCAUGCUGCCUGUGAAGAGCUUAACACUCACCUUCUAAAGAUCGAUAUCAAGGCAGAGCUGGAACUUUUAUCAAUGCUUGAAGUAAAAGGAUGGAUAGGUCUCAAAAUCAAUGAAACCAGUGAAUCCUGGUUAUGGGAAGACGGCACCACAGUAAUUGAAAACCUAUUUGAAUUCCUGAAAAUGGAGAAAGAUGCUUGUGCAUAUAUUGAAGGAAAGUAUGUUUAUGCUGCUAACUGUUCAUCUGGAAAAAGUUACGUGUGUGAGUUUACUGUAUAGUAGCUCAAUUUUGCCAGUACAAGUUGUUAGUGAAUCUUAAUUAAAGAGAAUAAAAUA